CUGACAUUAAAAUUCGUCACAAAUAUAAAACUAUUUUUUUAAUUAUAACAUUAAAAUUCACAGUUUAAAGUAUAUGAAGAGCGUACUAACAUGAACCUGUUUUUUAAAUAUAACUUUUUUACGAUAAGAAUGGCGUUGGUAUUUUUACUGCUCCAUAGACAUGUUUAUAGUGCUGUUGAAAUGUAUUCUUUUUAUGGGUCAUAUGAACUGAAAAACGACAGUCUUAUUACAACAUUCAGCGUCUUUCCCAAAGAAUAUGAAAUAACAUUUGAAGUUUUUUUAAGCUCGUUUACAUCUGGAAACAAUUAUUGUAAGUGUGCAAACUUGUUUCGAUUCACCAAUGGUACUGAUGAUAUCAAAGCCUACGGUGAUAGACUUUUGGCUGCAUGGUUUUUUAAUUCUGGAAAUUUAACUUAUGAUUCAUCUAUUAAUGGUAUUACUUAUCGAGUGGAAUCUGGUCCGUUUAGCCUAGGAUGGAAAAAGUUUAAUAUAAGUCAAUUACUUUUUCAUGGAGCCUAUAUUUCAACUAUACAAAUUAAUGGUGUAACAAUCUCAUCAGUAACAAAUAAUGAUGCUAGAGAGUUUUACAAUGUGAAAUUAUAUUUUUCUGAUCGGUAUUAUUUAACGCAACCUGGGCAUGCAAGGAGUCUUUUAGUGACAAAAGGAUGUUCAGGACUUAGGUGAAUGCACACAAAUUUGUAACUGGACAAAGGAUAUUAGCAUCAACAAUAACAUUUGUACAUGUGAAUCGGGUUGGUUUUUGGGUAUAAACAAUUAUAGUUGUGUUGACAUAAAUGAAUGCAAUAGUUUCAAUAUACCUUGUAAUUGGACUAAUAGUGUUUGUAAAAAUACUGCAGGAAGUUAUAUAUGUUCAUGUGAAUCUGGCUGGAGUUUAAAUGAGAAUAAUGAUAGCUGUGUUGACAUAAAUGAAUGCAAAAGUUUGAAUAUACCUUGUAAUUGGACAAACAGUGUUUGUAAAAAUACUGCAGGAAGCUUCAUUUGUUCAUGUGCAUCUGGCUGGAGUUUAAAUGAGAACAAUGGUAGCUGUGUUGACAUAAACGAAUGCUAUAGUUUAAAUAUACCUUGCAAUUGGACAAACAGUGUUUGUAAGAAUACUGCAGGUAGCUUUAUAUGUUCAUGUGCAUCUGGCUGGAGUUUAAAUGAGAACAAUGAUAGCUGUGUUGACAUAAAUGAAUGCGAUAGUUCAAUUAAGCUUUGCAAUUGGGCAGAUUGUGUUUGUGAAAAUACUGUGGGAAGCUACGUUUGUUCAUGUGCAUCUAACAUGAGUUUAGAUAAGAAUAAUGCUAGCUUUGUUGGAAAUUUAACCGAGUGGAGUGAAUGUAGUGAAACAUGUGGGUAUGGUUAUAAAUACCGUUAUUUAAAAACUUUAUUAUCUUCUCACCAAAAUGAAUCACAGCUUGUUGAAACAUGCAUGAAUCAAAAAUGUCCAGUGGAUGGAAAAUGGAGUACAUGGGUUAACUUCGAAUCUUGUUCAAAUCAAUGUGGCAUCUGCUUUACUAAGCGAAAAAGAACUUGUAGUAAUCCAGAACCUGCCGAAGAUGGAUAUGAUUGUUUGGGCGCUAAUCUUGAUAUUCAAUAUAUAGAUAAUGGCAUUUUAUGUCCAGUUCAUGGGGGGUGGACGCAAUGGUCAUUGUGGUCUUUAUGCAGUCAACCAUGUCAUGGUUUACAAACAAGGCAUCGUAGUUGCACAAAUCCAAUACCAAAAUAUAAUGGUCUACCAUGCAGUGGAAACAAUACAGAACAUAGUACUUGUUAUUCUUAUGAAUGCAAAAAAGUAUCCUUAAAUCUAAAUAUGAUUUUUAUGGACGAAGAGUACAUAGAGCAAUAUUAUGAUCCUACAAAUGAACCAUCGUUGAAUCUAAACAACCGAUUUAAAGCUGCGAUGCGAAAUCUUUAUAACAAAUACAAUAACAAUGUUCAGUUUGACGUAAAGUUACUGUCUAUAAAGGAUGGAAUAUCAAUAAUAAAAGAUAAAAUAAACGAAUCAAGAUUGCCUUAACUACGUUAGUUGACUAUUUUUAGUUGUUAUAAAUGUGCUCAUCGACUACAUUUGUUACUAACACAAUUCUUUUAUGCAAAAGUCUUAAACCUACUAUGAUAUCGAUAUGAAUAAUUACAAACAAUACUCUGCGUUAUUUAUCAUAUUUAUGUGUAAAAUAUUUUAUUUUUUAAA